AUGUCCACAGCCCAGCACAAUCCAUUGCCGUACACCUACGAGACGAAAGUCUAUACCGACGGGCUCAAUGACAAGAAGCCCGCGAUCACGUUUGAUCCUCUCAGAUGGGAGGCGCUGGCUAAAGAGCGCCUCUCGGCAGAUAGCUUUGGCUACGUCUGGGGCUCCGCUGGAACGAGAGAAACGGAUGAUAACAACCGGAAGGCAUUCAAGAAAUGGGGCAUCGUUCCCUCCCGUCUGGUUAAAUCAGACUUUCCAAGUUUGAAAACGACGCUGUUUGGCGAGGAAUACGAGUACCCGAUCGCACUCGCGCCAGUGGGCGUGCAGCGGAUUUUCCACCGUGAUGGUGAGGUUGCUGUUGCUUCCACCGCACAGGAUGAAGGGAUAACGUACAUCCUGAGUUCUGCAUCUUCGACUAGUAUUGAGGACGUCGCAGAGGCUAAUGGGAACGGAUCCCGCUGGUUUCAGUUAUACUGGCCGUCAAAUGAGCACAAUGAUAUUACUGUAAGCUUGUUGAAGCGCGCCAAGGCUGCCAACUACAAGGUCUUGGUGGUAACCCUUGACACCUACAUCCUUGGAUGGCGCCCCUCGGACUUGGAGAAUGGGUAUAACCCAUUCCUCCGGAAAGACAAUAUCGGAGUCGAGAUUGGCUUUUCCGAUCCGGUGUUUCGGAAGCAGUUCGCGGAAAAGCAUGGCAAAAGCAUCGAAGAAGACAUGGCAACUGCAGCGGCUGAAUGGGCUCAUAUGAUAUUCCCUGGAUUAAGCCAUGGGUGGGAAGACCUCCAGUUCCUACGCCAGCAUUGGGAUGGCCCGAUCGUACUGAAGGGUAUACAGACGGUCGAGGAUGCAAAGCUCGCAGUCCAGUACGGCAUGCAGGGAAUAGUAGUAUCCAACCAUGGCGGACGCCAGCAGGAUGGGGGAGUGGGAUCUUUGGACAUGCUUCCAGACAUCGCCGACGCAGUGGGAAAGGAUCUAGAAGUCAUCUUCGAUUCUGGCGUACGUUGCGGUGCUGAUGUGGCUAAGGCUCUGGCGCUGGGGGCCAAGAUGGUACUUCUCGGUCGACCCUAUGUGUAUGGACUUGCCAUCGCAGGUAGGGAGGGUGUCCGCCAUGUCCUCCAGAGUACAUUAGGUGAUCUACAGCUUACUCUUCAUCUGUCGGGGAUCAGAUCGGUGCAGCCAGAGCACCUGAACCGAUCGAUACUACGACGGAUGGAGUAG